GGUGCGGCUGUGGCUGCUGCCGUUGGAGGCCCGCGUGGACUCAGGAGCCUGAGGGCCUGCUGGGUCCUGGGCUCCUGGCUACCUCAGUGAUGUUCACCUGGCAGAGUCUGGGGGCCUGGCCCUGAGGGCGCCAGUCGGCUGGAAUCUGCCUUUUGAGCCAGGCCUGGGCACUGGCUGGAGGACCCGGAGGGGUGCUGGAGGAGCCUCCUGGGCGGGGAGACCGGCCCCUGCGGGGAUCCCCCCUUUUAGCCUCGGCCUGCACCUGACAAGGCAAAACUCGAUCCUUAGGACCUUGACCAAGUAAGAUGAGGGAAGUCUGCUAAUAAAGAUACCACCAAAAGAUUAGAAGCGUAAUCAUCUAGAGGAAAUGCUGGUAAUAUGGCUCUGUGUAAAUGUUCAAAACUGUCUACGGCAGACGGUCUUGUUUUAGGGGCUGUCCAGAUUAUGAUUGGCAUAUUUCAUGUUCUCAUGUGGUAUUUCCUAUUGAUUUUGUAUAUGGGACAAAUCAGAGGAGUCUUUGGGACAUAUGAACCUGUAACUUACAAAGCAGGAUGUUCUUUAUGGGGAGUUAUUUUUAUCAUUUCAGGAGUGUCUGUCAUAAGAGCAGCAAGGCGUCCAACCCCAGGCAUGACUAUGUUUGCUUUGAUCAUGAACAUCUCAUGCAUAAUUGCUUCAGCUAUUGCAUCAGUUCUAACAACAAUUGAGUUGUCUACUUUUAAUUCUGUGUCAUAUAGGAAUUAUGGACAAGCGAAACUUGGAAGGGAAGUUUCACGUAUUUUACUGCUGUCUUACCCCUUGGAGAUUUCUGUUGCACUAGUAUACUCUGUCUUCAACUGUAUUGGUUUGAGUCAUCAUGAAGAUACUCUCACAGCUGUCACAGAGGAAAUUGAGAGUACUUUCUAGAAACCUUAGAAAUGUGAGAUUUUCCCUGGUCCUCAUACCUGCUCUGGGCCCUAAUGAUAUCUCUGUAUAACACAGCUGCUACAAAGCCCGCAUAUUUUGUGCAAAAGAAAAUACAAAACAAGUUGGAUUUUUCUUCUCAGUAUUCAAGAAAUUCCUCUGCACAUAUUUUUGUAGGUUCCACGUAGAAAGCUUUUCCCUAUUGAAAUAUGUUAUUAUGAUGGGAAAAAAGUAUUUUCUAGGUACUCUCAACCUGUCAACCUGUCUUAACUCUGAAGCUGUCAACUCUCCCUGAGAGAGCUUUUGUAAGAGACCAUAAAACAGGUCUGUGACUGUCUCUAGGGUACAGGCUAUAAACACGUGGCUCAUGAUACUACGUAUUUCUCGAGAAAAACUUAAAAUAUUUAUACCCCUACAAGUAAAGAGUACAUUUCAGUAUGAGUUCUUCUACCUGAACUAGCUUCUACUCGAACAAAGUACGAAUCCAAAGUCCUUCAACUCAUAGUCCCUUCAUUGUUCUUCUUUGACUGUUUCUCUCAUUAAAGUUCCUUUCUGCCCUGAAA